AUGGGAGAUUCACAAGGGAAUGGUAAAAGAAAAGAUUACAAAACUUGGAAUGCUGAAGAGAGCAAUGUUUUGCUUCAACUUAUGGUUGAAGGCGCCAAACUUGGAUUGCGUGAUAUUAAUGGUGUGAUAAGCAAACAAACAGUAGAGGCGAAGCUACUUCCUAAACUGAAGGAAAAACUUGGUUGUGAAAUAAGUUUUAGUCAUUACCAAAGUAGAGUGAAAUGGUUUAAGAAACAAUACACCAAUUACUCUCAACUUAUGCGUCAUAGUUCUGGAUUUGGGUGGGAUCCGAUCACAAAGAGAUUCACUGCUGAUGAUGAAGUAUGGGCAGAUUAUUUGAAGUCACAUCCAACGCAUGGGCACUUUCGGUCAGAAACUUUUCCAGACUAUGAGGACUUGAAAAUUGCAGUUGGAAAUGGAACUGCAACUGGAAUGGGCUCAAUCAGUUUAGGUGAUGAUAUAGAUGCCUCUACAUUUGGAGCGGAAGAAAACGGACCUUGGGGAAUUGAUGGAUUAGUUUUUGAUCGAAAUACUAACAUGUUCGUGCAAAGUGAAAAUGAGUCAUCACACCAAGAAAACUCGCCAUCUCUUUCACAACAACCCUCCCAAGGUACCAAUGUAGAUGCUCCACCACAUAGCAGGACUCAAGGAAAACGGAGUAGGACUGACUAUGAAAAUAAUAGCAGCUCAAAGGGGGCAACUAGUCAGGCUGAGGUUUUAGAAAACUUAUCAAGUGGCAUUGGUAAAAUUGUCACAAGUUUUGAUAAAAUUUGUGGCUUAAUGGAGAAGAGAGAAUCAAGAGAGAGUGAUCUUUUGGAUGCUAUGAACGAGACCCCAGGAUUAACUGAUGAGCUUGUUUUGAAUGAUUUUAAACUGGUGUUUUCUCUAUUAGCAAUGUCUGAAAUGGACAUGUAUGGAGCUGAUGAAGAGGAAGAGCAGUUUUACGAGGCUGUUAAGAUAUUAUUAAUGGCAAUACAAGCAGUGAUUUAUGUGUUAUACGAACUUGUGUUCAGCAUACGUGGUGAACAUAUUAGAUGUCCGCUGACUCGUCGACCAGUGACAUCAAGUGGAUACAUAUAUAUGCACAACAUAUUGGACAGAGACCCUCAAAUCUUUAGAGAUGUAUAUAGAAUGUAUCCUGACGUGUUUCGAAAAUUAUGUAGCAUCCUAAAAGCGAAAACACCUUUACGGGAUACAAGACACAUUUGUGUUGAAGAAAUGCUUGCAACCUUUUUACUAGUUGUCGGCCAAAAUAAUCGAUACAGUGAAGCUCGGCUGAUAUUUGAGCGAUCUCAUUUUGCUGUUAGCAGAAGUUUCAACAAAGUCUUGAAGGCCUUGAAUACAAUAGCACCACAGUUUAUGGCUAAACCUGAAUCCAUACCACCUAACAUAAGAGAAAGUACAAGGUUCUAUCCUUACUUUAAGGAUUGUGUCGGAGCUAUAGAUGGCACGCAUAUUCCUGCAACGGUAGUUGGACGUGAGUUCAUAUAUGUGAUUAGUGGAUGGGAGGGUUCCGCUCAUGAUUCAAAAGUGUUGAAUGAUGCGAUUUCUAGACGAAAUGGACUCAAAGUGCCACCAGGUAAAUAUUACUUAGGGGACUGCGGAUUCCCAAAUCGACGUCGGUUCCUAGCUCCAUUUCGAGGUACUCGAUAUCACCUCAAAGAUUUUGGUGGUGAAGGAAAUCAUCCUGUCAAUGCAAUUGAGUUAUUCAAUCUUCGCCAUGCUUCCUUGAGGAACGUAAUUGAGAAAAUAUUUGGAAUAUUUAAGUCGCGUUUCACAAUCUUCAAAUCAGCACCACCAUUUUUAUAUAAGACACAAGCAGAACUAGUUUUGGCUUGUGCAGGAUUGCACAAUUUUCUUCGACAGGAAUGUCGUUCAGAUGAAUUUCCUCCUGAACCAGAAGAAGAUCCGAUAGACAAUCACGAAGAUAAUUUUGAAUGGGAUGAUUUUCAAACCCAAGAUCAGCAAAGAGAGAAUGCUAAUGAAUGGAGAAUGAGUAUUGCUACUCAUAUGUGGACAGAUGCCCAACCAAAUGCCAACAAUGAAAACAAUGACAAUCAAGAAAGCGAAAAUGAGGGAGAAGAAUAA